AUGUAUGAUAUAUGUGUUUUGGCACAAUACCAUUUAAAAGAGAAGGAGAAGCCAGAUGUGGGUACUAAAUCCGUGGAAGUAAAAGAGGUUGAAAAGCCAGUAAAUGCUGCCUCUGAUGAAGUCGUAUCUGAGAAAGCUGAGGGUUCACCUGCUGCUGCUGAAGAAAGCACUGAAGUUACCCCAGUUGCCACUGAAGAAAGCAGGGAAGUUAACCCUGCUGUUGGGGAGAGCACUGAAGCCAAUUCUGCCGCUGUUGAAAACAACACCGAAACUGCUCCAGCUGCUACCGAAGCAAGCAGUGAAAAUUCUGAAGAGGAGAACACUGGUGAACAAGAAGCUGUUGAAGAGACACCAGGGAUUAAGCUUGAAACCGCACCUGCAGAUUCCCGCUUCCCAACUACAAAUCAAACAAGGCAUUGCUUUACUCGAUAUAUUGAGUAUCAUCGGUGCAUAGCUGCAAAGGGGGAAGGUGCCUCAGAGUGUGAUAAGUUUUCAAAAUAUUAUCGUGCACUUUGCCCGGGUGAAUGGGCUUGUAUCUUUUAUGCUUUUGCAUGUACAUGA